AGAUGAAGAUUUCCAACCGAUUAUGUAUAGAAAAAGAACUAAAAACACGCCGUAUAGUUCUGAAAAUAAAAAGGCUAAACUAAAUAAUGUGGUCCAUACCUCUUCUAAUACAAGUGCUACUGCUAGCUCAAGCUCCAUAAUAAUCAACCUCAGCUCUUCAGCAGUCAAACCAAGCUCUUCAGCAGUCAAACCAAGUUCUUCAGUAGUUGAAUCAAGCUCUUUAGUUGCUGAAUCAAGCUCCUCCAAUUCAAAUGUUGCCAAUUCAAGCUCCCCAGUUUCUGAACAAAUUAAACAAGUGAUCACAAUCAAAACGACUAUUCAAAAUAUUUGGAAUCAGGAUCAUGUACGACCUUUAUAUGAUUUAGUCGACAAUGUCAAUAUACUAGUUUUACAUACUUAUAGUUUCUCAAAAUACAUAUUUUUGGAGGAGCUAAAGAAUAGCAUUGACUUCAGCUUGGCAGAUUUUGUAACAAAGGAGUUUUUCGUAGAGGUGUUUCUGGCUCUGAUCAUUCGUCGUAAUGUUCCUGGAAAGGUAAAAGAUAGAACCGCUAUCUAUCGUGAAUUGAUAUCUCGUCACAAAUCAUCAUUGCGUAUGUUAUUGAACAUGCUUUCUAAAAAGAAGAAAAAAGCCCGCCGAAAAGAAGUAUUUGAACCCCUUAACAAAAUGAAAUUCGCUGUAUCAAAAAAAGAAAUUCCUUCUUCGGACGUCCUGGAUGAAAAAGCAUUAUCAUCUAAUUUUAUCUAUUAUAAUGUUAAAGCUCACCCAGAGAAGCAUUUCAAUGCUUUCUACAAGAUUGCUAAACUUCUGGAAACUGAAGCAGCUAAAACAUUUAAUUAUUUUCCAAUCAAAACAUCGUUUAUACCAUCCUACAUUACUCUGGAUUCCAAAAUAGUUCAUCAUCACAUACUGAAGCAGAAAACUUCCUUCAAGGCGGAACAAAAGUUUGAGAUUUGGAGCAACGUCGUUAAUUUAAACAAGAAAUCAUUCAAACCUCAAGGACUUAAUAAAUCUCUACGAUUUCAGGGUACCAUUGAAACUGAUGGUAUUUGUGCUUCGGUGUUAAAACAGAAUAUCACCACGGGUAAAAAGCAGCCAAGAAUGAAUAAUAAGAAGACAGAUACUAUCGACGAGGAGUAUGUCGAAAAUAUACUACCUGCUACACUGAAGGAAAACCAAGGCAAAUACAUUUUAAUUGACCCUGGAAGACGAGACCUUAUGUUUUGCAUGCAAGAGUCAAGUACGAAGGAGAAGCCCCAAAUUCUAAAAUAUACAAAAAUCACUAGAAAUAAGCUGACCAGACAUAACAAAAUAUUAAGCAAACAAAAUACGCCAGAGUCAGUAAAAAUCGCCCAACUCAUUUUGUCUAAAACCGUAUCUUCUUCAGUAGACAUUACAAAAUUUAGGGAUUACAUCAAAACCAGAGCCUCUGUCACACAUGUAUUAACGAGAUAUUAUGGAAAUGAAACAAUGACGAUCAAUGAAUCAUAUUUCCCUGGAUCUGUCACGGAAUUCUCAAUACGACGAUGA